AAAAUAAUAGAUAUUAUAUGGAUAUUGUUAUUGAUCAUGAAACUCUUUUAUUCUUGCCUGAAAAUAGCAGUGUUAACAAACAAAUUACACAAGUUCAAAAUAAUAAUGAUUUAUCUUGUAAAGAUGAAAAUAAUAUAGUUAUACAUACAUUUGUUUCUUCAUUGCUAUCAGUACAUAAAGAAGAUGUUUUUAUCAAUAAUGCUAUUGAACAUGUCAACAGCAAAGUUCGACCA